CUAGCACGUCUUGGUUGUGAGCACCGCUUUUGACCAUGUAUCAACCUUUGUCCGAUGGGCUCCCUCCCAUUGCAACAAAUGGUUCGGAUGCACCGCAAGAUCUUCAGAAAUUCUUGGACGGGUUUUAUCGGUACUUUGAGGCCAAAGGAUUUCUGGGCAUCAUUGCUCUCAACAUAUCGCACAUUACAGCGCUGACAUUUACGAUUGUAUUUUCUUUCGUUCUGCUAUUCUCGAUUGAUUGGGAGAGUUUGAUGACCUGUGAUUCAGAAGAGUCUUGUCAGGCUGUGUCCAUUUGGUACUCGUGGGAAUGGCACACAUUGGGUCUUCGACGAUGGGGCGUAUUGGUUUGCACAGCUCUAUUCGGCUUGUACUGGGGAGUCAAUGUGGUUCAGUCAUUGUCGGCCUGUAUGCAAGCCUCGCAGAUGAGAAGCUUCUACAAGGACCAGCUGGGCAUCCUUUCUGAUGAGAGCUUGGAGACUAUGCUGUGGUCAGAGGUCGUCUCCAGACUGGUCCAACGACAAAAGGAGUCGCGACUCUGCAUUGUUCAAGAGGAACUUACCGCCCUGGAAAUCACCAACAUCAUCAUGCGACAGGACAACUUUAUCAUUGGCCUUACGAACCAUCAUGCUUUCACGAAGAACCUGUGGCCUUGUUUUCCGCGCCGGUUGGUUUAUACAAAUGCACCUUUCCGGAACAUCUUGCUGGCCGUAUUCCCACCUGUCAUUGUCCCAGCACUUGACCACCGUGGGCGGCUUCGGGAAGAAUUCCUGGCAAAACCAGAGGUGCUUGCCGGACUCUUCAAGAUUUUUGCGGUGGUCAACCUCAUCCUUCUACCUCCUCUGCUUGUUUUUGUGGCCAUUUACUUCUUUUUGCGCCACGCCCAAGAAUUCCGCUCACAGAGAACUUCGCCGUUUAGAAAGCAGUGGUCAGACUAUGCCUUUUGGACCUUCCGAGAAUACAAUGAGCUUCCGCAUCAGAUCAGCGCCAGAAUGUCUGCUGCGCAAACUGCAGCAGAGGCAUAUGUCCACACGACAAGACCGACUUCGCCUGUGCUCAAGUCUCUACUCCGCACCGUGAAAUUCAUUUCAGGUUCAAUCCUUGCAGCUUUGCUGCUGGUGGCUUUGUGGGAUGACACUCCACUUCUUUUCGUUAAGAUUCAGGAGAAGAACCUGCUGUGGUACUUGGCUCUUUUCGGCUUUGUCUUCGCAGUGGUGGACAGCGCUGAGGAAAAUGCAGGAGAUACUGAAGGCAAAGGAUCUGGGUCGGAAGCUUGUCUCCAUGCGCCAAGCAUUCCGCUUCGCAUGUACAUUGCUCUGAUGAAGUUGGUCUCUUGCACACACUAUUUGCCAGCAAGCUGGCGAUCACCGGCAAGGCUAACGUCAUUGGCAGGAGCAUGCAGUGGUCUACGGCGCGCGUCUUUGUGUAAGCACUUUCGGCGCGUGCGACAGGAACUUCUUUGCGACUUUUUGCUUCAUCGCAUACAAGCGCUUGCAGAAGAGCUCCUAGGAGUUCUCGUGAAUCCAAUCUUGCUUUGGUGUUGCUUGGCUCCUUCGGCAAGUGAAAUCAUCAGCAUUAUGAGAGCACUACAGCAUUCGACACCAUGCCUCGGGGACUGGUGUGUUUAUGGCUGUUUGGAUCCUGCACUGUGCAGUGGCUUCAGUGUGAGUUCUGAUGAACGGCGGGAGUUGCUGUCUUUGGAGAGGGAAAAACUUGAGAAGUCUGCGCUGUCCUUUCUUCUAAAUCAUCAGCUGCUCUGGUCUCCGGAUGACAGUAUCAACCAAGACAUUAUGCUUCCAGAACAUUCCUGUGACUUUCGCGGAAACAAUUAUUUACCUCCUUCAUUCACUAUGCAACAAUCUCUUCAACUUCAAGACUUUACAAAGCAUUGUGAUGGCACGGCAGUGGGCACGGAGCUGGAAACUGCGGAGUGGCAUGCAGAUGGCCCUCCUGAUUCCCGUGUGCAUCUAUCUGCCGCAUCUCUUGAACCCGAGUUUGGGGCAAAAGACGAGCGAGUUUGGCACGCAGAGGGCUCGAGCUAUCCUGAUAGACCAACCAGGUCUUCCAACGAUGAAGAUUUUGUGUUAACACACAUUCUGGGUACUCCACAGACAGCCCUGAGUUUGUUGCUUCAAGUACAGCAGUUUCAACAGAGGGCGAUGUCUGUGGACGACAAUCCCACAGGUGAAAACUAUACCUUGUUGCCUUCAGAGCUGGUGAGCGUACCGCCCAUCAAACGUGGAGCUUCUGCUGAUGAAAUCAUUGCGGAUGCGGCCAAGAAGGGUCUCGAAGAACAGAAGCAGGACACCUUGGACAUGUUUGGUGCACUCUUCUUUUGGCUGGAGGCCCUGCGACAGUUUCGUGGCACCUUGGAUGAGACGUCUGAAGGCGGCGUGUUUUCUCGCCAGUCUUGGCCUCAACAGUAGCAUAUCUGGAAGGAGUGCAGCCCAGUGAUGCCAAGGCCUCCAAUUUCCUUUGCCACAAGCUAUUCAUGAUGUGCCUGAAGAACGGGCACCUUAAGCACUUGUGCAACUCAAAAUUUAUGCAGCCUGCAUGUCUAGAAGGAGCUGCAGCCUGUACAUGCUUGCGUUAAAGAUCUUUGUUCUUGAACGUUUGGC